AUAACUCCCCAACCAUCGGCCAACCGGAAUGCCCCGCCGAACCUCCCCACCUCUGGAAGCCCUCGCCGCUCCAGAAUAUUGGGACACCCGCUACGCAACGGACCCCACUCCCUUUGACUGGUUCAGGAACCCCACGUCCAUCCAUCCCUUCCUAACAAGGCACCUCCCGCCCCCAACCUCCGAUCCACCAAUACUGCACCUCGGCUGCGGUAAUUCACUUUUACCAGAGGAUUUGCACAAGCGCGGUUACAGGGACCAGAUCAGCGUUGACUUUUCGGAGGUUGUGAUCCGGGAUAUGAGGGCCAAGUGCGAGGGUUUUGAGGGGUUGCGGUGGGAGGUCAUGGAUAUUAGGGAUAUGCGUGGGGUGGGGGACGGGGAGGUUGGGGUUGCGAUUGAUAAGGUUCGCUUUCAUUGCCGUGAAGGGUGGGUGAGGUGAUGGCUAAUAAAAUGGCGGAGGAGGUAGGGUACGCUUGAUGCGAUGAUUUCGGGAUCGGUGUGGGAUCCGCCGGAGGAGGUUAAGAGCAAUACGAAGGCUUAUAUUAACGAGGUGGGUCCUUCUAUGCAUCCAGGAAGGUGGCGGGGUCUAAUUGGGACUGGAAUAGGUUGCUAGGGUGCUGAAGAGUGGUGGGUUGUUUCUGUAUAUUACCUAUCGACAACCGCACUUUGUCAAGCCCAUUAUUACGCGGGAGGAUGUGUGGCCGGAUUUCAAGAUUGAGAAUAUACAGGAGGAGGGAGGCAUGUUUGAGUAUUUUGGGUUUGUCAUGAGGAAGAAGUAGAUUGUUGGGCUAAUGUUGGCUGUGGGUUUAGAUAUCAUAGAUGUGUAUCAUAGACUUGGGAUAUAGGUUCUAGCGUUCGAGGAUUGAUCUCCUUCCUUUGUGUGGGCUACC